UGACGCGGCCCGUCGCCCCACCCGUCUGCAGCCACUCCCCGCCUCGGUCGCCGAACUCGAGAGGGACACGUGACCCUGCGGGGGCCAGUCACGUGAGGCGCCGAGCGGGUGGGAGGGGGUUGGCACUGGGGGUCCGGAGCGGCAGCAGAAGAGGAAGAUGGCGGGGUGCAGGGGGUCCUGGUGCUGCUGCUGCCGGUGGUGCUGCUGCUGCGGGGAGCGUGAAACCCGCACGCCAGAGGAGCUGACCAUCCUUGGAGAAACACAGGAGGAGGAGGAUGAGAUCCUGCCAAGGAAAGACUAUGAGAGUUUGGAUUAUGAUCGCUGUAUCAAUGACCCUUACCUGGAAGUUUUGGAGACCAUGGAUAAUAAGAAAGGUCGCAGGUAUGAGGCGGUGAAGUGGAUGAUGGUGUUUGCCAUUGGCGUCUGCACGGGUUUGGUGGGUCUCUUUGUGGACUUCUUUGUGCGCCUCUUCACGCAGCUCAAGUUUGGAGUGGUACAGACAUCGGUGGAGGAAUGCAGCCAGAAAGGGUGCCUCGCCUUGUCCCUCCUUGAACUCCUGGGUUUCAACUUGACCUUUGUCUUCCUAGGGAGUCUUCUUGUCCUAAUUGAGCCAGUGGCAGCAGGUUCUGGAAUACCCGAGAUCAAGUGCUAUCUGAAUGGGGUGAAGGUGCCCGGAAUCGUCCGUCUCCGGACCCUGGUCUGCAAAGUCUUCGGGGUGCUGUUCAGUGUGGCUGGAGGGCUCUUUGUGGGGAAGGAAGGCCCCAUGAUCCACAGUGGAGCCGUGGUGGGCGCUGGCCUCCCUCAGUUUCAGAGCAUCUCCUUCCGGAAGAUCCAGUUUAACUUCCCCUAUUUCCGAAGUGACAGAGACAAGCGGGACUUUGUAUCAGCAGGUGCAGCUGCUGGCGUCGCUGCAGCCUUCGGGGCUCCCAUUGGGGGGACCCUGUUCAGUCUGGAGGAGGGCUCGUCCUUCUGGAACCAAGGGCUCACGUGGAAAGUGCUCUUCUGCUCCAUGUCUGCCACCUUCACCCUCAACUUCUUUCGUUCUGGGAUUCAGUUUGGAAGUUGGGGCUCCUUCCAGCUCCCUGGAUUGCUGAACUUUGGCGAGUUCAAGUGCUCUGACUCUGAUAAAAAAUGUCACCUCUGGACAGCUGUGGAUUUGGGUUUCUUCGUCCUGAUGGGGGUCAUUGGGGGCCUCCUGGGAGCCACAUUCAACUGUCUGAACAAGAGGCUUGCAAAGUACCGGAUGCGAAACGUGCACCCGAAGCCUAAGCUCGUCAGAGUCUUAGAGAGCCUCCUGGUGUCUCUGGUAACCACCGUGGUGGUGUUUGUGGCCUCGAUGGUGUUAGGAGAAUGCCGACAGAUGUCUUCAAGUCAAAUUGGGAAUGACUCGCUCCUGCUCCAGGUCACAUCAGAAGAUGUGAAUUCAAGUAUCAAGACCUUUUUUUGUCCCAAUGAGACCUACAAUGACAUGGCCACCCUCUUCUUCAAUCCCCAGGAGUCCGCCAUCCUUCAGCUCUUCCACCAGGAUGGUACCUUCAGCCCCAUCACUUUGGCUUUGUUCUUCAUCCUUUAUUUCUUGCUUGCGUGUUGGACUUACGGCAUUUCUGUUCCAAGUGGCCUCUUUGUGCCUUCUCUGCUGUGUGGAGCUGCUUUUGGACGUUUAGUUGCCAAUGUCCUCAAAAGCUACAUUGGCUUGGGCCAUGUCUAUUCGGGGACCUUUGCCCUGAUUGGUGCCGCGGCUUUCCUGGGCGGGGUCGUCCGUAUGACCAUCAGUCUCACGGUCAUCCUGAUCGAAUCCACCAAUGAGAUCACUUACGGGCUUCCCAUUAUGAUCACUCUGAUGGUGGCCAAGUGGACAGGGGACUUUUUCAAUAAGGGCAUUUACGACAUCCACGUGGGCCUGCGAGGAGUGCCGCUUCUGGAGUGGGAGACAGAGGCGGAAAUGGACAGACUGAGAGCCAGUGACAUCAUGGAGCCCAACCUGACCUACGUCUACCCGCAUACCCGCAUCCAGUCUCUGGUCAGCAUCCUACGCACCACUGUCCACCACGCCUUCCCGGUGGUCACCGAGAACCGGGGCAACGAGAAGGAGUUCAUGAAGGGCAACCAGCUCAUCAGUAACAACAUCAAGUUCAAGAAAUCCAGCAUCCUCACCCGAGCCGGCGAGCAGCGCAGGCGCAGCCAGUCCAUGAAGUCCUACCCGUCGAGUGAGCUUCGGAACAUGUGUGACGAGCACGUGACCUCAGAGGAGCCGGCCGAGAAGGAGGACCUCCUGCAGCAGAUGCUCGAGCGAAGAUACACUCCCUACCCCAACCUAUACCCUGACCAGUCCCCAAGUGAAGACUGGACCAUGGAGGAACGCUUCCGCCCUCUGACCUUCCACGGCCUGAUCCUGCGGUCGCAACUUGUCACCCUGCUCGUCCGAGGAGUUUGCUAUUCCGAAAGCCAGUCGAGCGCCAGCCAGCCGCGCCUUUCCUACGCGGAGAUGGCCGAGGAUUACCCACGGUACCCUGACAUCCACGACCUGGACCUGACGCUGCUGAACCCGCGGAUGAUAGUGGAUGUCACCCCAUACAUGAACCCGUCACCCUUCACCGUGUCACCGAACAGCAGCGUCUCCCAAGUUUUCAACCUGUUCAGGACAAUGGGGCUGCGGCACUUGCCGGUGGUGAAUGCCGUGGGAGAGAUCGUUGGGAUCAUCACCCGACACAACCUGACGUACGAAUUCCUGCAGGCCCGGCUGCGGCAGCACUACCAGACCAUCUGAGGCUCGCCUCAUCCACAGGCCAGCGCCCUCCUGGAGCUCCAGGGAGGCAGCUCUGCUCCGCCUCGGUUGGCGGGGCUGCCUCAGGGCACAGCAGAGCCCGUCACCCCUCGCUCGGAAAGCCUGCAGUCAUCGAACGCUUGCUGGUCUAGAUCCUGGGGCUGGUUUGACCCGUCAGAGUUUGGACUUGUCUGACUUUCUCAGCAAGUAUCUUCCUGUUCCCUGCUCCCCGAGCUCCUUCCAUCCAGGUUGGCACAGGCCCCAGCCCCUGCUCCACGAAUGCUAGGACCCGCGAGAGUGAUCAGGCCUCACCGCUGGAGAGUGACACCCAGAGCAGGGUUCCUGCCCCUUCGCUGCUUUCCUGGGGGACCCAGUUCUGCCGUAAACCAUGAGGGAGGGAUGUGGCCUCAGCAGACCCCAGGGAAGCGCCAGUUGCAAAAUAAAGUGAAUUACUGGCUGGGGAGCUGGGCACUGAGAAGAUGGCCCAUGUUCAGGGAGGCCCUCCUCCGCGGCCCCUCAAUCUGCAGGUUCACUGGGGGGAUGCGCUGCUUCCGGGGGGAGCUCAGCUCUGGCCCCUGUGGUUUCAGUCUCCUUAGAACCACCACCCCCAGGAAGCACAAAGCAUUAACCCCACUAAUAAUCCCUGAGCAGUGGAUCUGACCAUGGGGCCAGCUUUCCAUCUGCCCUGGUUUUAACAUUUCAGCUUUCUCUUCAUUUCCCAAGUGACCCACGGUCCCCUGGUGACGCAUUUUUACCCCAUUCGUUCCUGCUCCUUUUCACCUCCACCGAAUCACUAAACUUUCCCCACGUUUGCCUGCAUCUUCCUGGUAAAGCCCCGAGGAUCUUGAUGCCCCCCCCAAGUUAACUAAGAGCAGGCCCCCCCAAUUUAAGAGCAGGCCCCCCCAAUUUAACUAAGAGCGGGGUCCCUAGAUAAACCGCUCGGCUCUGGAGAACGGUAUGGUUACUUCCAAAUGGGAAAGAAUGAGUCUGAGCCAGCGACCACCACAAGGUACGAGAUGCGGCUUGAAAGGCCUGAGUGUGGCGACGAAGUAAAUGCGUGUUCGAGGACGCGGGUGUCCGCACCCCACAGACCCCUGUCACCUCCCACUGCCACCCCCCAAUCGGCUGAGGGGCUCAGCGAUGAAACUCAGGAUGCUUCCUGCUGGGACAUGCCCCGAGGCUAUAGCAUCGAACCCAGGAAGCCUCCCUCUGUGCCAGUGACUCAGCUUCUCCAGGCGCUGGUCCUCUACACAGGCCCCGAGUGGGCCUUUGGCGGCGGCAUUUGCUCUCACUGGCCUCCGCUCUCUACACGAUCAUCAGCAUCCUGGGCCUUCAGGAAACCCCGGGCAGGUGGGCCUUGCACCCGAGGUGGCGUUCAUUGGCUUUUCGUUCCCUCGUGUUUUAACCUGGGAGUUGCCUGAGGGUGUCCGGGCCUGGCCCUGGCAGCACUUCUCGCCCUCCGCCUCGAGUUGACUUUGAUGGGAAGACCCUUUCCAGGGGUGGGUGUCAGCCUUUGCUCUGCCCGCCCAGGUCUUGGCUCAACACACUCAGGUGAACAGUCCCACUUAGUGAGGGGCCGCUUGGGGCCUUUUCCAGCAGACGGUUGCUCUCCGCCCCAUCUUAUCUCUUCGACCAAAAGUACUUCGAGGUCUGAGUGUGUCAGCUUCCUGGAGGCACUUGAUUUGUGAAACGUGAUGAAACCCCCACUGCAUCGUUCGGGAAAUCACAAGGACCAAAGAGGCCAGCCCUUCUCAUCGUGGUGUGAGCCAGCCGCCACUUCGCUUUAAAGAGUGUUCAGAGCGUGACCGCCUUCUUUCCUCCUUUCGUGAAGAAGGGGACCAGGAGCAUGGUGUGACCCCCUCACGGGAACUUGACCCUCUUCCCAGCCCUCCCUGAGAUGGGCCAGGCCGGGUUCUGCAGGGGGUCCCCAGGCCUCUUGUCCUCGCUGGGUCACUAGGAAAUGGCCCCUCGUGCACAUCGCAUUGCUUUUAAGUCACCAGGCAUUUGUUCCCUUCGGUGUGGCCCAGAGGUAGACGACAGAACGCAAUGCCUUCCCCCCGGAGCUGGCUGGACGGCUGCCAGGAAGGCCUGGGCCCCUCUUGAAAGGCGCUUUCUGUCCCCUGUGACGGCUGUCCUCUCCUGGUGCCCAAAGACAGCCAGGCCCACUCGCAGCAGAAUCCUGGAAGCCCGCUCCUCGGAAGUCUGCUGAAAACCUGCAUCUCCAGUCCUCUCCUGGUGCCAGCAGCCCCGUGCCUCCGGGGAUCUGGUCCCUCCAUAGAGGACGGCACAGGGCUCGGGCUUGGCUAGCGGUGGCUGUUUGGUCUCAGUGUGGUGGUUUGUGGUCCCCGGCUGUGGUCAGGGGAGAUGGGGGUAGAGUCCCCACGGCUGGAGGACUUGCACCUGAGAGGUGAUUUGCUCAUGACCUUGCUUAACGAGUGGCUCCGGCUGGAAUGGACAUGGCCUGACCCGGCCGACCACAUGGCAUGUCCGAUGUGAGGUUGCACACCAACACCACCCUGGGUGUCGGGAAAGGCCGGGAGCGGACGGCCCGUGACGUUCGUGUGCGGAUUGCACGCCUCCUGCGGGCCUUGGCCGUUGGGACAGCAGCAGCUUCCUUUUUGUGUUUGCACUGGUUGUUUAUACGUAACCUUAGCUAAUUCCACUGUGUAUAUAAAUUGUAUUUUUUUAAUUUGUAAAAUCCUAUUUUUAUUUGAACUUUUAGAACUUGGAAGUUCUCAUUAUAACCUUACCGCGUCGGAAUAAAACGUCUCCAUCGGUCUCCUUCA